GUUCAGUCUUCCCCUUGUUGUUUACGCAGUCACAGUACUUGCUUCCCUCCAGGAAGCAAAUUGCUCAUUGCUCACCCCUACCCAUCUCAAUCCAGCUACUGACUCUGGUCGCAUAUCCAGUCAGUCAGAAUCUUGCAGUUGUCUUCCUGAAAGGUUCCACUUUGACAAAUUGAAGUUAAGAGGAGAUGGAGAACGACUCAGACAGCAGUACGGAUAUAAGUGACACAGAAAUGGAUGAGUACAAAGAUAAAAUUUAUGAAGAAAUCAAGGAAGGGAAGCAUAAGGUGCAGAACCCAGAUGAAACUUUUGCUUGCCCAUAUUGCCCAAAGAAGAGAAAGCAAGGCUACCUUUACAAUGAAAUUCUGCAACAUGCUUCUGGGGUGGGCAAGAGUACUGGUAAGAGAACAUGCAAGGAGAAAGCAAAUCACCUAGCUCUGGCUCAGUUCCUGGAGAAGGAUGUAACUGGGGCAUCAUCAUCCAAAUCGGUCCAGAAUGGUGCUGAUCCUUUAAAUGGUUGCAACCGCAAUGAGGCGUUUGUGUGGCCUUGGAUUGGAGUUGUUGUUAAUAUUCCUACCAGCAGGGCACCGAAUGGGAAAUGUGUAGGAGCUAGUGGAUCAAAGUUUAGGAAUGAGUUAAUUACUAGAGGGUUUAACCCAACUAGAGUUCGUCCUCUGUGGAAUUAUCAUGGUCAUUCGGGGACAGCCAUUGUGGAGUUCAACAGAGACUGGCCUGGUUUGCACAAUGCUCUUUCGUUCGAAAAGGCUUACGAGGCUGACAAUCACGGAAAGAAGGAUUGGCUUGCUGAAAAUGAGAACAAGUCAGGUGUUUAUUGUUGGGUUGCUCGCGCUGACGACUACAAUGCUACCAACAUUGUUGGAGAAAAUUUGAGGAAGAUUGCGGAUCUUAAGACCAUUUCUGAUAUCAUGGAUGAAGAAGCCAGGAAGCAGAAUAGUCUGGUGUCCAAUCUGACAAAUUUAAUUGAGAUUAAAAAUAAACAGGUGGAGGAGAUGGCUGAGAAAUGCAAGGAGGCGUCAGCUUCUCUCCAGAACGUGAUGGAAAAGAAAGAAAGACUUUUGCAAGCUUACAAUGAAGAAAUACGGAAAAUCCAAGCAAGUGCGCGUGAUCACUACCAGAGGAUAUUUAAUGACCAUGAAAAGUUGAAGUCUCAAGUGGAAACCCAGAAGAAGGAGCUUGAGAUGCGUCAGUCACAAUUGGAAGAGCGAGAAGCUAAAAAUGAAAUUGAUAGAAAAACACUUCUAGAAGAGAUGGAAAAGAAUGCAACUAAAAAUAGUUCACUUCAGUUAGCCUCCUUAGAGCAACAGAAGGCAGAUGAGGAUGUAAUGAAAUUGGCUGAAGAUCAGAAGAGGGAAAAAGAAAAGCUUCACAAUAGAAUCCUCCAACUGGAAAAACAACUGGAUGUGAAACAGACACUAGAGUUAGAAAUAGAGCAACUCAGAGGCACUUUGAAUGUGAUGAAGCACAUGGGAGAUGAUGGUGAUGCUGAAAUUUUGAAGAAAGUGGAAGCCAUUAUGAAAGAUCUGAAAGAGAAGGAGGAUGAUCUUGACAAUGUAGAAUCACUGAACCAGACUCUCAUUGUCAAGGAGCGCAAGAGCAAUGAUGAGUUGCAGGAUGCCCGUAAGGAAUUGGUCAAUUGCUUGAAAGAUAUGUCAAUCCGUGGUCCUAUACGCGUCAAGCGAAUGGGAGAACUUGAUGGGGAGCCAUUCCUUCAAGCCUUGAGGAAAAAGUAUUCCGAGGACGAAGCAGACGAGAAAGCGUCAGAGCUUUGUUCGCUUUGGGUAGAGUACCUCAAAGAUCCAGAUUGGCAUCCUUUCAAAAGGGUUGUGGUUGAUGAGAAGCAUCAGGAAAUAAUUGACGAGGAAGAUGAACGACUGAGUGGUCUGAAGAAGCAAGUUGGCGAGGAAGCCUACAAAGCUGUGGCGUCCGCUUUGAUGGAGAUCAACGAAUAUAACCCCAGUGGGAGUCCACCGAAGUUUCCAACGCGGUCGUCGGCGCGUCGAAAUGCUCCCCUCUUCGCCGUCUACCUAAUACAUUGCUUGGCAUCUGGUUCUCUCCUGCCGGAGUACGUCGUCAUGGUGGCCGCGGCCUCACACGAAGAACACCGAAAUUCUGAUCCGGACCUCUUUGACCGAUUGAAACAGGAGGGGAAGAUGGAGCAGGAUCCUCAGUGCAGUACAGAUAUAAGCGAGUCAGAAAGGGGUGAGUAUGAACAUCAGUGUUAUGAAGAACUGAAGAACGGGAAAUACAGGGUUGCUACUCCCGACGGGACAUAUUCUUGUCCAUACUGUCCCAAGGGGAGUAGGCAAGACUAUGCUUACAUUGACAUCUUCCAACAUGCUUAUGGAGUGGGCAAGAGUCAGUCAGCUAAAAGGACAUGUAAGGAGAAAGCAAGUCACCAGGCAUUGGCAAGGUACUUGGAUAAAAUCAUUGGUGGUCCAUUAGCAAAGCCAAAUCUUCUAAUUUAUAAUCUAAACAAAGAGAAUAUUCAAAAUAAUCGCACCGCCUCUUUUGCUUGCCCCUAUUGUCCCGAUAAGAAGAAAGAUUACCUUUUCAAUGAGAUCCUCCAGCAUGCUCUUGGUGUGGCAAAUAGUGGCUCUGAUAAAAGAACAAGUGAAGAGAAAGAAAAUCACCUGGCAUUGGCUAAGUACUUGGGAAAGCAUAUGCCAGGACCAUCAGUAAGACAGAAAGUUAAUGCUGCUCCAGAGAAAGUGAAAGUUGAAAAUGGAGGUCCGUGUUCUUUUGCUUGUCCACACUGUUCCAAGAAGAGAAAGCGAGAAGACCUUUACAAUAUGUUCCUUAAACAUGCUUCUGAAAUGGGCAUGACUAAUUUCGCUAAAAGAGCUUGCAAGGAGAAUGUAUAUCGCUCGGCAUCGGUUAAAGACUUGGGGAGUGAUAAAGCAGGCCCAUCAGGAAGGCCAAAAGGUCAACACGAUCCUGUAAAUGGUUCCGACUAUGACGAUGCAUUUGUCUGGCCUUGGACUGGUGUUGUGGUUAAUAUUCCUACCGCCAGGACAGCUGACGGGCAGCUCUUAGACGAAUUUAAUGGAUCAGAGUUUAAGGAUGAACUUGUGAGUAGAGGCUUUAAUCCCCUUGGAGUGCUUCCGCUGCACAAUUAUCAAGGCCAUUCAGGAACUGCCAUUGUAGAAUUUGAUGGAGAUUGGCCUGGUUUAUAUCAUGCUAUUUCCUUUGAAAAGGCUUAUGAGGCUGAUUUUCAUGGGAAGAAGGAAUGGAUUGCUAAUAGUGGGGACAAGACAGGCAUUUAUUGUUGGUUUGCCCGUGCCGAUGACUACCAUGCAACCAACAUAGUCGGGGAACAUUUAAGAAGAACGACAGAUCUUAAAACAAUUCCCGAGAUCAUGGAAGUUGAGAAUAAGAUGCAUGAAAAACUUGUCUUUAGUCUAAGGAAUACUCUGAAGAUGAAAAAUAAGAAGUUGGAGGAGAUGACUCUGGGAUGCAAGGAGGCCUCAAGCAUUCUCAAGAACUUGAUGGAAGAUAAAGAAAUGGAUAUUCAGGCUUACAAUGAAGGCAGAAGCCGCUUGCUCCAGACAGCUCACUUGAAUGAACCGAAUACAAGCGAGGAUUUGUUGAAAUUAUCUGAGGAUCUGAAGGAGGAAAAGCAAAAGCUUCACACUAGAAUCAUUCAUCUGGAGAAGCAACUGGAAGCAAAGCCCAAUCUCGAAUCAGAAGUAGAGCAACUUAGAGGUGCAUUGAAUGUGACGGGGGAGAAUGGCGAGGCGGAAAUUCUGGAGCAGGUGGAUGUGAUACUGAAAUGUUCGAGAGAACAGGGAGACGAACUUGACAGCUUAGAAGCAAUGAAUCAGACUCUUAUUGUCAGGGAGCGGAAGAGCAACGACGAGUUGCAAGAUGCCCGUAAGGAGUUGGCUAAUUGUUUGAAAGAAAUGUCAACAUACAGUGGUGAUAUACGUAUUAAGCGUAUGGGAGAACUGAACAGCAGGGCAUUCCUUAUAGCGAUGAAGAGAAAGUACAACGGGGAAGAAGCUGAAGUCAUGGCAGCAGAGCUUUGCUCAUUGUGGGGAGAACAUCUGAAAGAUCCAGAUUGGCAUCCUUUUAAAGUUGUAACAAUUGAUGGGAGGCAUCAGGAAGUAAUUGAUGACGAAGAUGAAAGAUUGAAAGGACUGAGAGAAGAGGUCGGGGAAGAAGCUUACGAAACGGUCGCUUCGGCACUAACGGAGAUCAAUGAUUAUAAUCCCAGUGGAAGGUACAUGGUUUCUGAGGUGUGGAACCAGAAAGAAGUUGAGUCGCAGCGUUUCGUAGGCGUCUCCUCCAUCUCCGUCUUCCUCGCUCCUCAGUCCACUGCUGUACUGAUCAGAGUUCCCGGAGAAGCUCCGCAGUUCAUCAGCCGGAAAAUGAAAGGAAAUGUGAGAAAGGAGGGAGGAGAAGUUUCGAGAAACGUUGUAUUUUGCUUGUGCAAAUCACUGAAAAACGAGCGCUGGCAAGAUCAGAAAGAUCGGCUGGCAUGCUGGGAAUUGAAUCACGAGUCGGAUGAUUUUCCUUCUCAACUUCUGCAGUUUUCCUGUUUGGCCCCAAAAAUUCCCGGCAACCAAACGCCGGGUUUCGUGAAUUUCCCGUCGCUAGUGCAAGACGUGAUGAUAGGUUCUUCAGGAAAAGAAUCCUUUGAAGAGCUCUUAGUGUGUUGCUACAAUACCAUUGAGGAACUCAGGAAAGCUGGGAGCCUGGUGGGGAACCUUGCAAGGACGAUUGACUGCAAAAACAAAGAUUUAAGGGAGUUGGAGAACAAAUACGACAAGGUUAUGAGGGAUAAUGCUCGUCUUCUUCAAGCACAAGCUGAAGGUACCAAGGAAAUUCAGCUUCUUAAGGCUCAAAAUAAAAGUCUGCAACAAAAUCUAGAUUCUCAGAAGAUUGAAAUCCAGAUGCUAGAGUGUCAAGUUGCUCGCAGCAAGAUUGAGAAAGAGCAGGGAUUGCGUGAUUUCUUGGAUGAUCAGAGCGGAAUUGGGAUUAAGAACAUGGGAGAAGUCAAUCCAAAAGCUUUUGAAGAAGUUUGCUUGAAGAAAUUCCCUGUGGAGUCUGAGGCAAGAUUGAUGGGGAUCUGCUCAUUGUGGCAGUCUCAAGUUAAUAACUCAGAAUGGCGUCCCAUCAAGCUUGCACUUAUUGAUGGCAAACAUCAAGAAGUGAUAGACGAGGAUGACCCAGAACUGAGGAAGUUGAGGACGAAAUGGGGCGAGGGGCCUUACAAUGCAGUAGCGAAUGCAUUAAUGGAGUUGAAUGACUACAACCCAAGUGGAAGAUAUGUAGUUCCUGAACUCUGGAACUUCGAGGAAGGAAGAAAAGCCACGCUACAAGAGGCAAUAAAGUCUGUAUUUGAACGAGCGAAGACCUUCAAAUCUCCGAAGCGAAAGAGAUCACAAAGCAGCAGCUUGCAGCUAGUUUAAAUUUCUCUUUGAACAGAUUGUAGAUGUCCAGACUGUCGCUCCCUCUGCAUUUAUAUACCACUGUAGCUCUUUGAUAUGUUGCCAUGACUCCAGACUUCAAUAUUGUUACUUAGCUAUAUCGAGAGUAUUGUCUGAUAAUGGGUACAAAUUGAUCUCUUGCCAUU